AUGUCUAAGGCUAAAACAGUGAUGCAUACAGUUGAGGCCAUCAGCCACUACCUCCUCACCUCGGCCAAGUUGAAGAAGCCUAUCGAUGAUAACGUUAGGAACCAUUGUGUCUUCGUUCUGACCUACCAAGCUCGCCGCCUAUUCGCAUUGCUGACCAAGCAGGAGCACCAUUAUAGCACUAGGUUGGCCCACGAGAGCCAUUCGAUGGACGCCCUGGUGAAGGUGCGUAACGACCUGGGUAGCAUUACUGGCACUAUUGAUCGCUUCUUGGCUCGAGAGCAGAACGGUAGCCAAGGCAGUGGAGGGGGAGGUUACGAUUUGACGGCUCCAUCAGUGAAUACGGUGUUGUCGGAGGUAGUGGGUGUUGGUGGAGCUUUUCAUGCAGCAGUGGAAGUAUAUGGCGUUGAAUGGAGUUAUGGUUACUGUCAGUAUGGAUGUGGUGUAUUUGCUGUCCCACCGACCUCUAGUGAGCCAGGCUCCAUCGGGACCUAUCGAGAGUGUCUGCCAGUGGAGCGUUGUCGAUUACCAGUCACUGAGGUCAUUCAAAUACUGGAAGAGUUGAAGGGCGACUGGCCUGGUUCUUCCUACGAUCUGCUCCAUAGGAAUUGUACUCAUUUUUGUGACGUUUUUUUGAGGAAGCUCAUACCGCACCAAGGCUUGAUCGAUAUGGAGGCCCCUCCUGAGAGGGUUACUAUAUCCACUGUGAAUGAGGAGGAGAUCAUGCUUCGGGAGUGGAGGCAAAUGUGGGAUGCAGCUCUAAGACGCAUGACCAACGUGGCAUGGCAGUAUGGUGAUCGGCCGGCGAUCGAUGACGGUAUCAUACACUCUCGGAUGGACUACCAAGCCGAUGAUUAUCGCUUUGAUAGGGAAUGCAGAUCAACAUACGAACUGAGGGCGAGCGUGGUUCGUCUGGCGGCUGCACAGUUUGCCCUCAUGGACCAAAGAGCGCGUUGGGAGGAUACACAACCUGUCCACCACUCGGGAGGCAGCUUUAUGAAGCCACCAGUGAGGUAUCCAGAGGUUCAGGAGGAUGCUAGAUCGCCUAAAGAUGCGGGCCUGAUCUCGUAUUCAGCGGAUCGUCCGAGUAAUUCUGGUCUACUCUCCUUCUAUCAAGCAUUGAACCAAAGCAUACGUCGUUGUAAUGAAAUUCUGGACGUAUUCGUACCGGAGAAACCGAUACAGGAAUGUCACUCGAGCAUUAUGGCGGCCUUCAAACGAUGCGAGGAAGAGGCCAAUCUGACCUACCCUGAACGAGACGUUCGUGUUAAGAAUCUGACCCAAUUUCGACCAGCGUUCACAUCACGCGAAAUGGAGGAGCGCAUUCGAGAGAAGAUCGAACGCGAUCGCCUAGAUGCUUUGGAGGAGGAUAAAUUUCUGCCUAUCACCACAUGA